AAUAGCGCUUAAAGUUGCCGAAGGCGCGCAGGUUCUGUGCGAAAGCAAAGUCCGCUAAAAUGCAAGAAUGCCUUUUAAAAAUGCCGCCAAUUUUAUCAAUGCAAAGAGGUAUUACAGUAUAUAGAGGUAUGAAAGGAUGGGGAUACUGAACUAAGUAGAUAUACCAUGUGCCAUUACGUUGAAGUAGCGGUACACUAGCGCUGAAAUGGCUUGUUUUGAAACUAAAGAAUCAGGCACUCUUUUUUUUUUCUUCCUUUAUUUACAUCCUUCUUGCGUUUUGGAGGGUUCUGUCGAUUUUAUUGCCCGUGGCGCCGCAUCGUAGGUACCAGAGGUAUUAUUCAAAAUGGCUGCGAGUUUUGUUUAGAGUGAGUUUUAGGUGCUUGACGAAGACUUUUGCAGCUGUUGGUGCGUGCAGAAUUCAGGAUAUAUAAUUGACAUGAAAGUUCGCCCACCACUGGCUUUUUCGAGGCCUGCACAGCUCUGGUUUUGCUAUGUCAGAGCAGUAUAGCAGCGACGAAGAUGCCUGCAUCUGCAAUGGAGAAGUGGGGUCCCGCAGCAGCCACAAGCGCAAGGAGGUCCACAAUGAGGUGGAAAGGAGGCGGAAGGACAAGAUCAAUAUUGGAAUCCUGCGCCUUGGAGAGUUGCUGCCCGACAAGGAUCCCAGGAAGCAGAGCAAGAAUGGGAUCCUUGAACGGGCAUCGGAAUACAUCACAUACUUGAAAGAUUUGAAUGAGAAGCUGGUGAUGGACAAGGUUACCAACUUGGAAGCCACUGUGUUUGCUGCUUUACGUAAGCAGAUCAGGGACCUGGAGGAACUGAAUGCCAACUAUGCGAGGCUGCUUACCACAGCGGGCAUUCCCCUGACGAGUGGCCCCGAGGAGAUUUGGGACCACAAGCCAAAAAAGUAUUCAUUGAAACACCUUCCCGACAAGCAACGUGCCUUACUUGCCUGCACCGAGGUCAAGACAGUUCUUCAGCAGCAGCAACCUUGCCAGCAUCAUGGCACGACAGUCAUGUCAUCACGGCCUGCUGCAGAGCCUCUCGCUCCUAAAGCACCGCAGGCUGCAGUGGCACCAGCUGUACCACCAGCACCUCCUCCAGCAAGCUGUGCACGAGAAGCAAUGCCUGGGUGCACGCUGGUGACUCAGGCACUUCCAUCAGCACCUGUCAUGUCCACAGCUCAACCAUCCGCUGUCACAGUGUUCCAGCAACAACACCCCCUGACAGCUGCAGCUACCGGAGUGGCCACAGGAACGGCAGGAGGGGUUGUCUCACAGCCUAUCUUAAUGAUCAACGACCAGGGCGUCCCUGUGCUACAGAAUGUGGUGACCUUCCAAAACACUUCCAUCAUCCUGAAUCCACAGGGGCAUGCCAUGGGAGCACGUACACCGGGAUCGGUGGUCUCCUUCACGGGGCCCGACAUGCUGCCCCAAGUGCACUUGGCAACAGGGCAGAGCACCGAUGACUUUGCUCACUCGGCAGCAGCCCUUGGUGGCCUGAUGCAGUGCGACCCCAAGCUGAAGGAGGCUGCCAAGCUCUGUGGCGUCCAGCAAAAUGCAGCAACUUUCCUCUCAGGUGCAGGAAUGAUGAUGAACCAGCCCCUCCUCUCCCUUGGAACUGGAACCACGAUGAUUGCUGGACAGACAGCACCGGCACCACAGGUCCCGUCAGCAUUCCUUCUUCCAUCCGGACAGAUUAUUCCUGUCGUGUCACAGCCACAAGUAGUCAGUGCACCUAUGCAAUCGGCGCACCCUCUCGGGAGUCAAGUGGCAGCUAAUGUAGCGGCAGCAGUGAGUAGUUGUAGUACUUCUCUCGGGAAGGUGGUGCAAUGUGACGGUGCACAGAGCUACAUGUGCAGGGAGCAUGCGUCUUCCGUUCAGCACAAAACACUGGCAUCUACACCUUCGUCUGGUGGAACUGCAGUGGGAAAUGCCACAGCCCAGCCAGGAGGAAACUGCAGAAAGCAGCACCACACCUGCCCUCAGCAUUCGUCACCAUCUUCAUCAAAGUGCAUUGCUGUGCCAGACAGUUCAAGGACAAAGCCAGUAUGUUCCCACGCAGCAUCCAAACAACCACUCUGCUCCAUCAGGCCCAAGCCGACUCCUCAGACCCCAGAUUCUAGUCAGGCUAAGCCUUCGUGCACGCGUAAGAGUGGCGGGGGUAAGAAAGUGUCAGCAUCAAAGCCCUCCUCAGAGAUACCAGCUAAGAGGGCACGUGCAGAUGCACCGCGGUCAGAUGAGGAGACUGCCUCGCAUGCUUCCACCUGUUCGUCAACCACGGCUACCACCUCAGCCCAGAGCACGGAGGGAGUGAGCAGCACAAGCAACAAAGAGAUUUCCCCCCUUGCUGCAGACAUUCUUGCCCAAGCAACAGAGUCUAUCUUUUCGUGUGGUGGCAACGUGGAAGCAGCGGUCAACCAGGCAGCACAGUCAAAAAACAAGAGUCCGGUGUCAGCAAGCUCAAGUGACCAGUCUACCGCUCCUCCUGCAGUUUCGAUUGCUGCCACUGUAGAGAAUAACACAGGUGCACGAGCGUCAACCACAAUUACAGCAUCUUCUCCUCCCAGUACCUCUGUCACUCUCACCCAAAGUCACUGUUCGAGGGCUUCUGUGCUUGCAGAAGCAGUCUGUAGCAGUGAUGCCGUUCCAGCCAACAGCACUGUUGAAGAAGCAUCCAAGAUUAAAGACAUUUUUGAGAAUGGAAGGCCAACCGAAAUCGAUGCGGAGACAACAUCUACUACUAGCCAAGUGUCAGCUGAAAAUGGUGCACCGUCAGCAUCGGCAAAGGAUGGGCAAGAUGACAUACAGGCAUCUGAUAACGACCGUAACGAACUUCCUAGUCUCAGUUUACACUCUAUAGUGAUGGAGGAAAACAUUGAUAUAUCUCCAAGUGUCAGUUCAACAACCUUCACCGAAAGUUAUGUGUCAGUCAGCGCCAGCAGUAAUGGCCACAGCACACCUCAGGGCUCCUCUAAGAUCCCUGACUGUGCUGCUUCCAUACUUUGCCAACUCACUCCACCCAGCAGCAAAGGCAGUGAAGAUAAUAGCAAAGCCUUUGUCUCCAGCACUGACAGUCUAGCAUCAGACCAGGAGUUGCCCCUAAUACUGAGUAUUCCUGAAGACGAUGGGCAUGGUUCUCUAAACAGCAACUCGAAUCCAGGUCUUUCGUUCCCAUCACUGUCACCAGGGGAUCAAUUAGAACAUGAAUUAGGAAACGGCAAUGCUAAGACAGCAGAAAGCACGAGCAGCCUAUCACAGUUUGUCCUCACUCCGCCAACGCCACACCUUCCAGCCAGCACAGCACAGGUAUCUGUCACCUCGAGCACAAACAAAAAGAAGGAGUCAUCAGAGAGCAGCACGUACACCUAUGUUGCUUCUGAGAGCUUCCCGACACCACCAAGUCAUUCAGAGGAGUUGCACACCAUUGGGAACACCAGCAGCAGUAGCAGCAAGCAAGACUGCCACCAUGCCUCUCGAUCUCCACAACUUCAUAGCGCACCUCCUGCGAAGUUGCACAUGGAGGCAUCGUGCCACAGUUUUGUUUCAAACGCACCGCGUACACUCCCAAUGCACAGCAGAGGAUUGCAGUUUUCAACAGCAUCUGCAGCGAGCACACCUGCUCAAGUGCACCACAUUUCAUUGCCUGGCUUUAGCACAGCUCAAGGCUUUGCUGCACCCAAGGAGCCCGAAUCUUUGCCCCUGCUGGACAACAGCAGCAAGCCGCCCCCUUCACCAUGUCGUAUGAUCCGUGACUCUGGACGUUGCUCGACGCCAAGUAAGAGUCCAUCAGCACAGUUUCCAAUGUCCAUAAACCCCUACAUGACAACUCCUUCCUUUCCGUUUCCGCGACCCGAUCAGUACACACCUUGUACCAGGACACUAACUCCCCAAAGCAACACACCGAAUAGCAGUAACACUGCAUUGUCAUGUUAUUCUGCUGAGGCGUUGAUUGGGACUCAGAACUUCUUACCAUCUUCUUACCGACUCACACCCCCCUCGUGUGCCCAGGUGCCCACAACUCAGAGGUCAUCCUGUCAGCAGUCGUCGCGCCCUCAAAUCUCCUACUCUGCAGAAAGCCUUAUUCAGUCACAGGCUAGCAAUCCAAAGAAAGAUCUGCAAGCAAAUGCCAAGGAACCUAGCUUUUCAAACCAUCCUGGAUUUGUGAACAGGCUUCCUUCUUACCAACCCCAGACCAGCACACAUACUACGGCGCACUCACAUCAGAGGCAGCUUCCGGCCAGCACAUCUCAACAGAUGCACUUGCCCAGCACAACUAUGUCAGGGGCACCAGACAACCGGUCGCAGGCAUUGCCUGUUUCAACGACCGUGCCUCCUCAGCCCACCACAGUGCACAGCAGCUACACAGUACAGCUUAGCACCAACACACAGCGUAGCUUGGCAACAACUCCGAGUAGGUACCCCAUCCACACAUACCACACAGCCAAGGAUGACUUCCCCAUGCUGCCCUCGGCGCCAUUACACACUCCGCCUCUGCACACAAUGGCGCCACACAUGUCACAGUCUCCCUCAUCCCGCAGCCACCACGUGCAGCCCGAGACAAGCUCGAACCAGAACAUGUUUCAACAUCAGAAUUAUCCUUACCCAAAUUUUUCUCUCGGUCACCGGAGCCCCAGUUUCGGUACCUGCACUGCCUCACGGCCUGAAGUUCCAGCAACAAGUCGAGCACCAGCUAGCUGCCUUCAGGCAACUUCCCCUCGACAGUCUCACUUUGGAAUGCAGGUGCCUACAUCCCAGCAACAGGGCUGCCUGUUUCCAAGUGCCUCCUCGGCUUCCCUCCUGCCCUUGACGUCAGAGUUCGGCCCUCAGUGCUCUGGUCCGUUGGCUCCACCUCCACCACCAGUCUUUGGAAAUCUGUCCCAACAUUGCGCACAAGCGCCACAUCUGGUUAACAAUCUGAUCCCCGGCCCAUUUGCCACAAGUGGCAACACCAUAUGUGGUACCUCACUUCCUCAGCCAGGCGCAGAGAGUGAAAAGCAAGGCGGUCGCAGGGACAAACAAGGCAUGCACCUAAUGUCAGAGACCGGCUGUCCCGACCCUGAAAAGCAGCAGUCCAAAUCAAAAUCCAAAAAGAACAAGCCCUCAAAUACCUCAUCGCACACUGCUGUGAACAGCAUACCAUACUUUCCAGAUUUCAGAAAUGAAUCUCAUAACCACGCAUUGAUAACGUUGCCCCCACCUCCAGCACCUUCUCAAAAGCUACCUCACACUCCUUCCCUUCCAUCGAUGUCCACUUCGACAUCAUCGGCAUUGCCUUGGCCACAUCAUCAGCAGCAGCACCACCACCAGCUGCAGCAGACCCUGCAACCACCACACACUAAGCCCAGCCACACCAGCACUGAUGUUGAGCGAAGUGCAAACAUCAGCAGUGCCACUUACAACCCGCUCUUCAGGCCUCAGUCCCAGCAGAACAGCAUCAACCUGAACCUCAACGGAUCUUGUGUACCAACACCUCACUCCUCCUCUGCAGCUUCUUUUUCACACCACCACAGCCCCCUACAAAGAAAUGCGCAACACAGUAGUGCAUCAACGUCAUCAGUCGCAUCUGUAGUAUCCAUGACCAGCAGCAGCAUUUCAACAGCGGCGCAAGUGGCACCCUACUCAAACUGUGCAGUUGCACCGUCGCAACAUGUCCCGAACUUUAACCUGAGCAACAUCUUUCCUGACAUUGGCUCGGGAGAGCAGGGCAGGGCUAGUGCAGCACCCCCUCCACCGCCUCCAUCCACGCACUUUUAUCCCUCAAGCCGCGUGCUACACAACUCAUUCAACCACAUUUUGCCACCUCCACCACCGCCGGCGCCACCUCACAACAACUUUGUGCACUCUGGCCACCAUGCGCCUUCCUUCUCUAAUGUUAUCCCUCCACUCACCUUUCCUAUGCACGAACAUUAGACCUUCUCUGACACCCUACAAGCAGGCAAGUUUGGGAAAGUGGCAUCUUAAAGAAUGCACCACUUCCCAGGUGGCUUUUCUGCAGCCUACUGCUCAUGGGCAACUGCAUUGAAAUGCACAUAUGUUGGUGCUCCUGUACUUACACUUCAUAGUUCUCGUCUUUCUGGUGAAGUUUUUGUUGUUAUGCGUUUUCCGUAAUAUUUAUUCCUUGUGCUUGUCUGUUUUGUAGUGUGCUACCGCUCAUCUGGGCUUUUUAGCCACUUGUUAAAAAAAAAAGUAGCACCUGAUUUUCGCUUACUUGAUGUUCUAAUUUUAAAGCACAGCUCCUAACCUCUAAGGUUCAAAUGACAAAGUGAGUGUGUGUGUGUGAUGCUGAUUGGCAACUUGUGUCCCUGAAGUCACAUUCUUGAUCACCGAAAGCUGUUUGCCUAUUGCUCAAACGACCGCAACAUGAACCUGAGUUGGCUCUGCUCACUGUGUUUUUGCAAAAAAUAUGAGGCACUUAUGUUGAACUUGAAGCAAUUCAUGCCCAUUGUGCAGUUUUCAUUGUGUUUUUAAUCAUUGUAGAUUUGACUGUGGGUCUGCUAUACCAGUGUGUUUAUACCCAGUGUGUUUUGGUUUAUGUAAUGGUGUUCUUAAAGUGACACUAAGGUAUACUCAAUUUUUUUCUGGCUAUGAAAGUCAAGGCAUGAGGGUGAAUCUUGUGAACUUGUAUUACUGAAACAAAUAGUUUGGCUGGGUACAGCACCACUUUCAGCUUACCUGAUUUCAUUUAGCUUGGUGACCUUCAAGAAAGGAGUUGCAGUGAAGUCAGCAUAAACAUAGCAAGAAAUUAGCUUUAUCUGUUCCAACAGUUGCUCUUUGCUGAAGUUUGUCAUAAGCAAAUUCAGCAAGCUGAGUGGCAGGCCAGCACACAACAAGCAGUUGCCACAUAACGCAAUUGUAGAGUUUCUUUUUGAGAGAUGUGCAGAACCUUUCUGACGAUCACAUGGCAUGACUCAAAAGAGCAAACUAAAAUGUUAUGUCGGCAGAUGUUACACUUCUCUUUAGAUAGCUUAUAAUAAAUAAAAGAGUAACUAUUUUUGUUUUUCACAUUGGAGAACACCGCUCAUAUUGCUGGACUAUUCUCCGCAGUGAUGCAAGACGUUCACUUUGGUUCUGUUACUUUCCCUUCGUAGUCAGAAAGAGUUGCAAAUAUGCUGGUGAAGUUUUUUUUACCUAUGAUUGCUUGUACAGUAAAACAGAAAAAAAAUGUCUGCUGAAACCUAGAUUUGAUGCCAUAAUUGUUACUUUUCUGUCAUCUUGAUUUGUGAUGACAAGUAUUACAGAUGCUGAACUGGCAAGCAAAUUAUGGCUGUGUGCCUGCUAUGUACAUAUGUAACCUUUCUUGCAUGCUCUACCCAUCAAUCAGCUUCUGUUUUCUUAUACAUUAUUUAAUUGUUUCUGACCAUAUGUGUCUGCUCUCGCAAUCAUCACAUUGAAGGAGAUGUCCACCUUUCCCACGGUGUAACAUCUGUCACAGCGUGUCACAGUAGCUGGCAGAGCUGGCAUUAUUUCUUUUGUUGCGAAAAUUCUGCUUAAAAGAGAAUUCAAAGUUUGCUUGUGUCUGGUGAAAAUUUUUACAAAACCACUAGGAAAAAUUUCUACAAGAAGUGAAAUUUAAUUUAGUUGAAUCUCAGUAUAACAGACCUCCUUUAAGCAAACUCCAUGGUAUGAAGACUUUUUUUUUUUCAUUUCAUAUCUUAAUUUCAUAGAACAUAAUGUAUUGUUUCCUACAAUUUAUCAACGCAACAUGGUUCUGCAGCUUCGUUCAUGCACAUCAUGUGCUCUUAACUGGAGCCUCUGUGACAAGCAAAGGAAAAGAAAGGCAUCGUGCACUGGUGAAUUCAUCAUUUACACACGUCCUUUCAUGCUUAGAAAUGUUGCUGCCAAGCACCACGAAAGAGAGUUUGGUGGAGAGCGGAAUCAUUUAGCAGAGAAUGAAAAUAAUGAAAUCCGCCACUUUGCCAUUUAUUAUGCUGUAAUGUAAACAGAGCUGGGCUUGUCCCAUUCAUGCUCACAGUCUUGUUGAAACGCUGUGAAAACUCUGCAGCUGCCAGUCGGAACAGGAGAACUCCAACCAGAAGUGUGCUGUGGCAAUCGUGAGAGGAAUGUACAUUGUUUCGGUGCAAUUGCACCUUGUUUUUGUUAUUGCAAACGGCGUCCCGGUGAUCUUGGAUUUCUCCUCACUACACCAUUAUAAAAAACAAAGUGGUAGCAGCAGCAUUGGCAGGUCAUGUUGACAAUAAUGAUAUACCUAAAGCCAUGGCUCCAUAGGUUAGGUUAGGUCUAGCAGAUAUUAACUUCAUAUUCAGAUAUUAAUCUAACCUAACCUAACCUCAUAUGCAGGUGCUUUUCACCCAUAAUUAACGGUUGUUUCUUGCACAAUUUUGUUCAGAAAUGCUUACUGAUAACAUGCUAUCUAUCAGGACCAUUCAGGAACUUGUGGAAUUCAGCAAAAUUUCUCACUACAACUGUGGCUUUGUUACAUAUACGUUCGACUGAAUAGCACUGAUCCAGUCUUGCGUCGCACAAGUACCAAUUGUAUAGUACCAUCAUUGCAGAAUCGCAAGUGCUAGAAAUAAAUGCACAUCUAAGGCACAUAAAUAUCCUAAGGUAUGGGACCUGCAUGCAUAGGUAGUAAAAUGCUUAUUGAAUACAUUUAAAAAACAAGUGCUCCAUGUUUCACGAAAUUAAAUUUGACUAGAAAGUUCUAGGAACUGGUAUUUUGUUGCAAUAUUUGCAUUAUCAAAAAUAGGAACUGCAGAUUAGUGGUGACACUUCUUUAUAUAUAUAUAUAUAUAUAUAUAUAUAUAUAUAUAGAAGGGUUAAGCUAAGCAAUGUCCAAGAUCUGAUCAAAUAUCUCGAGUGUUUUUGCAAUUCCAUUAAAUAUCUAGCAUCACUAAAGGCAGGUUUGCAUCUCUAAAUGAAGUUAAUAUCUGCUAGAUCUAGUUGAAAAUCCACUAAAAUGGCAAAAGUGGAUUAGUGAAAGGCAUUUAUUCAUACCAUAAUGCUUGUGUUGUCAAGCUUGUCAGCGCACGUGGAAAUGCUGAGAAGGAGCAAGUUCUCCGGAAGUUUUUCUCCUCUUUAUUUUUCUUUAAAUUUAUUUUUCUCAAGUGCUUUCUUGUAGUUUAUGUGCAAACUGUACCUCUGCAAGUUUGUGACUUCUCUUUCCAGCAUUCUGAAAUGCCAGUAUUUCUGCAUCAGUCACAGUAAUUACGCUAUUCUUCUCUGCAAUCCGACUGUCACGAUAACAUAUGUCAUGCAUUAUAUUGCAUAAAAGCCUUCUAUUGUUAGUGGCAUGAGCAGAAGAUAUUGUUAUAAUGUUCAAGUGUCCGUCAGGGCUGCUUAAAUUAUGCCAACUGCAGUGGCUAGUCUGGAAGUUGACAAACAGGUGCAUCUCAAGUACGGAAAAUUAAGCCAUAUAAAUUGUAAACCAUAGGAAGAAAUAUAUGCUUUGGGCAGUGCAAGAAGCUUGAAGUAGAAUGCGUAAUUUUCGCCUCAUAUUAUCCUCGGAUGGAAAGUAUUUCACCUCGCCAUCACAAACUGCAGAACGCACUCAAGGCCGCACAAAAACAUUAUUGCAUAUUAUUUGUUUCCGAUUCUACUAUCGGCAUAAAUUGAAACUUGGACAAGUCAAAGGCAACUAGGUUGUGUUGUUGAGUUCCAACUUCGCCUGCAUUUGUAACAGUAGCUUCAGUCGGGCUCCAAAAUGUACAUUUGGGCCCGCACCAUCCUUAAAGGCCAACUGCAAUGAAACGCAGCCAUUACCAUUUGCCAGAAGUGGUGCAUGACCCAGGACAUUAAGAACCACUGCGGCUCUUCUGUGUGACCUCCGAGACCAGCAGUACAAUAAGAAAUGUCGUAGGCAAUGUGCUAGGAUUUACGUCAUAUCCACUAACCACCAGGUACAUGCAUCAUCUGCAUAGGUGCUACUUAAAGGGUACCGGUAUGAAAGUUAGACAAUUACGAGAGGUGCAGCUUUGCCAGGGUUGCUUCAAUAGUAUAUACUACUAAUUUGUAACCAAUUCAGCCAAAGCAAAAUUUUGUUGUAGAUGGCCUUUAAUGACCAGCUAUGGAUUUGGUACAGUCAAACCUUGAUAUAAGGAACACUGAUAUGACAAUUAAUCAAACGUUUAUUGCCAUUGUCGGUCUCUAGUGAAUUUACGCUUGCAACGAAAAUCGUAUAUAACAGAUUUAUUUAUACUGCAUUAUAAGAUUUUAAACUAUAGUGAAAGUUGCACUUUUAAAUGCACUCUGUAAGGCCUUUCACAACUGGUAUGAAGAAUAAAGUUGGGCAGCUCCUAUAAUGGUUUGAUAAGCAGUGGUUUACUAGGCCAACAGAACGAGUCCCAAUAAAAGAAAAACGAAGCUGGGAUAGCAGCAGACGAUUAGGAAGUGAUUAGCUCAGGAAAUUCAGACUUUGGGUGAACUGGCCUCUCAAAGAGCAGAGACCAUUUAAGAUGUGUGGAAGAGGCCUUUACCCUCCGGUGGGCUUUCAGUAUGCUGGUGAUUCUGAAACACACUUUGUUCAUAUCAUAAGGCUUGAAGAAACAAGCUCUAGCUGACAGUAUCGCUGCAAGCUGUGCUGCAUUGCACUACAAUUUGUUCCCAUGGCAUUUGCAGCAAUGGCAUUCUUUCUGGUCCACAUAUCCCGGACAUUGUCAACUUCUAUAAUGUGUUCAAUUAGCCCAGUAUAACUCACUUGUGGAAUCUGGUGAAGUUUUGUUUCCCCUUAUGUUGUUUAUUCAACCGACUCACUAAAAGCACCUGAAACGAAUGUCGUGUGUCAACUCGGAACAAGUACUAUCCCUCUGGAAGCAUUGUUGUAGUCAGCAGCGAUAAUGCUGGGGUGAAACGUAUCGCAUACACAUCUGUUGUCUGAAGUUAUUGUAGUGCCUCUGGCAUGGACAGGAGCGGCUGUUGUCUAUGAUGUGAAAGUUGUUGGUGAAAGAAGGUGCUUGUCUUUGUGAUGAACGCAAAUGGUCCUCCCUCCAACUUUUUACUCGUUAUCAAAAAGCCACAUGGUUCUUUUUCUAUAGAGCCUCAGGUUGAGGUUCAAGACGCUGCAAAAGCAAACACAUGUCAACUUCUAUUGUUGCAUGUAAAGGCCUGUACGUCUAGUCAGCACACCUCUGCAGCCAAUCGCACUUCACGUGUCAUUUGCAUUCGCAUUGUAGAUAUUUGUCGGUCCUCUCAUUUGCGGCAUUGUCAGGCGGUGAAAUCAGCCGUGUUUUUAUGUAUAAAGGCCCAUCCAACGUCACCCUCUUGCCAUUGCACUUGACUGUAAUACCCCUUCCAUGCAAGUUUUCUAAUGUAAGCUUGUUAUGCAGGAUGUAUGUACGUAGUUGUACACGGAAUAAUGUUUUGCACUAUUAGUGUAGGUUAUCACAGUUGAUAUUUCAUGAUGUGCACAACAGUCAGUGUACAGACCGGUCACUGUAUUUUAGAAGUUCAACUCACUCGGUGUACUGUAUUGUUUUUUCAUCAAUUGCAGUCGCUUUGCUCGACUUUGCAUGUAAAUAAGCUUGGUGUAAAAGUGUUUAUAUAAGGUGGUGGUGCUGUACAUAUGUUGAGCAACAUGCAUCAUGUGAACUGUUUGUUGUCAAGAAGCUGUUAGUGUAUCAUAUGCUCAAGCUCUUGUGCAUGGUGAAGAAAGAGGCCUAGGCACUUUUGUAAAUUACGUUAUGGCCCCAUGUGAUUCUUUUGGUGCAUUUUUGCAUGGGACACUAUGUUUGGGAAGUGAUAAUUUGACAAAAACGAGUGCUUCGCAAUAAACUUUGUGUUUUAUUCUGCGAUUGUGUAUGAUAACGUCUGAAUAAGACCUCUUUCUACCCAUGUACGUACUUCAUUAAAAUGUACAGACACAUUCUAGCCAUCAUAAAAUGAAUGAAUGUAUGUGCAGUGAGGGCCUAUAUAUUUUACAAGCACAACAAAACCCAUUUGUAAUCUGGCCAAAAGAUACUCAAAAUAAAAAGCUCAUGCGGU